AUGGAAACUUCUGCUUCAACUGCUGCUGGGAAAAAAGAAGGGAAAGGUGCAGUUCUGGAGGGGAAUGGCUUUACGGAGACGGGGAAGAAACCCACUCCUUUAGCAGCUGCAGGAGCAGCAGUGGCACAAGGAGUGCCGCAGCACAUUUUUCCGGCCUUCCACGCUCCUUUGCCAAUUGACAUGCGCCACCAGGAAGGACGAUACCAUUACGAACCUCACUCUAUCCACGCUAUCCACGGGCCUCCUCCUCUGAGCGGCAGCCCCGUCAUCUCCGACAUCUCCCUCAUCCGCCUGUCUCCGCACCCUGCCGGGCCUGGAGAGUCACCCUUCAGCCCGCCGCACCCUUACGUGGCACCCCACAUGGAGCACUACCUCCGCUCCGUCCACAGCAGCCCCACGCUCUCCGUCAUCUCUGCUGCCAGGGGCCUCAGCCCUGCUGACGUGGCUCACGAGCACCUGAAGGAGCGAGGUCUCUUCGGGCUGCCCCCGCCGCCGCCGGGAGCCAACCCCGCCGACUACUACCACCAAAUGACGCUGAUGGCCAGCCACCCGAACCCCUACGGGGACCUCCUGAUGCAGAGCGGGGGAGCAGCCAGCACAGCCCACCUCCAUGAUUACCUCAGCCCUGUCGACGUGUCCCGGUUUUCGAGCCCGCGGGUGACUCCGAGAUUAAGCCGAAAACGAGCCCUGUCUAUCUCCCCGCUGUCUGAUGCCAGCAUUGAUCUCCAGACGAUGAUCAGGACCUCCCCAAACUCUCUUGUGGCGUAUAUCAACAACUCCAGAAGCAGUUCAGCGGCGAGUGGCUCCUAUGGCCAUUUAUCUGCCGGGACAAUCAGUCCGGCGUUCAGCUUCCCCCACCCCAUUAACCCCGUGACGUACCAGCAGAUCCUGACCCAGCAGAGAGGCCUGAGCUCAGCCUUCGGACACACUCCUCCCCUGAUACAGCCGUCCCCAACCUUCCCCCCGCGUCAGCAUAUGGCGGUCAUCUCCGUCAACCCACCGCCGGCACAGAUCAGCAGCAACAGCAACUGCAUCUCUGACUCCAGCCAGAGCAAGCAGAGCAGUGAGUCGGCCGUGAGCAGCACAGUCAAUCCAGUAAUUAACAAGCGCAGCAAAGUCAAGACUGAAGUCGAGGGCUUGCCCCCAGCGUCCCCAACCACACAGGUAACCUUCCUGGUGCAAGACGUCUUUUCACCUUAUACAAUGUACCGUUGUGUGUUGCAGGAGCAUCUGACAGACCUGAAAGAAGAUCUAGAUAAGGAUGAAUGUAAACAGGAGCCUGAGGUUAUUUAUGAGACGAACUGUCACUGGGAAGGGUGCACAAAGGAAUAUGACACUCAAGAGCAGCUCGUCCAUCACAUCAACAACGAUCACAUCCAUGGGGAGAAGAAGGAAUUUGUCUGCCGCUGGCAGGACUGCACACGGGAGCAGAAGCCCUUCAAGGCUCAAUACAUGUUGGUGGUGCACAUGCGAAGGCACACUGGAGAGAAGCCACACAAGUGCACGUUUGAGGGUUGCUCCAAAGCUUAUUCCCGCUUGGAGAACUUAAAGACACACCUGAGGUCUCACACUGGAGAAAAACCCUAUGUCUGUGAACACGAAGGCUGCAAUAAAGCUUUUUCCAAUGCCUCGGACAGAGCCAAGCACCAGAACAGGACGCAUUCCAAUGAGAAACCCUACGUCUGUAAAAUCCCUGGCUGCACAAAGCGGUACACGGACCCUAGCUCCCUCAGGAAACACGUCAAGACCGUGCACGGGCCCGAUGCCCACGUCACGAAGAAGCAGCGCAAUGAUGUUCACCCGAGGCCACCUCCACUCAAGGAAAAUGGGGACAAUGAGGCAAGCGCCAAGCAGAGCAGCAAGGUUUCAGAGGACAGCCCCGAGGCCAACAGCACCACGAGGAGCAUGGAGGAUUGCUUACAAGUCAAAACGAUAAAAACAGAGAAUUCUGUGAUGUGUCAGUCCAGUCCUGGUGGCCAGUCAUCAUGCAGCAGUGAGCCGUCACCCCUUGGCAGCACCAACAACAAUGACAGUGGAGUAGAAAUGAACAUGCACAGCGGGGGAAGUCUGGGAGAUCUGACGGCGUUGGAUGACAACGCUCCUGUUGUGGACUCAACGGUCUCAUCUGGUAAUUCGACAGUCAGCCUGCAGCUAAGGAAACACAUGACGACGAUGCAACGACUUGAACAGCUCAAGAAAGAGAAGCUCAAGACAGUUAAGGAUUCCUGCUCAUGGGUGAGCCCAGCUCCACAAGCCAGAAACACCAAGCUGCCUCCCAUCUCAGGAAAUGGCUCUAUUCUAGAAAAUAGUGGUGGUUCUUCUGCUACGCUGCCUAAUCCCAGAAUAAUGGAGCUGUCUGUCAAUGAGGUUACGAUGCUGAACCAACUAAGCGAGCGCCGUGAUAGUACAACAAGCACCAUCAGCUCUGCCUACACCGUCAGCCGCAGAUCAUCAGGGAUCUCCCCAUACUUCUCCAGCCGCCGUUCCAGCGAGGCUUCGCAGCUCGGGCACCGCCCCAAUAACACGAGCUCUGCCGACUCCUACGACCCGAUUUCGACAGACGCCUCCCGUCGGUCGAGCGAGGCGAGCCAGUGCAGCGGGAUGCCGGGUCUGCUGAACCUCACACCAGCUCAGCACUACAGGCUGAAAGCCAAGUACGCUGCUGCCACGGGGGGCCCUCCUCCAACUCCCCUGCCGAACAUGGAGAGGAUGACCCUGAAGAACAGGAUCUCACUUAUGGACGGACCAGACCCCACCUUGCCCUCCAUCCGCCUCCCUCCAGGCCCCAGGCGUUGCAGCGAUGGUAACACCUACGGCUACCAGUCAGCUGCAGCGUUCCCCCACGAGGUGCCGGGCAACUGCACAAGACGGGCAAGUGACCCGGUGAGGAGACCUGCCGGAGACCCCCAGGCCCUCCCGCGAGUUCACCGCUUCAACAGCACCAACAGCAUGAACCCCUUCCAUCCUUCACACCCCACGGACAGGAGGAAUUUCGGCCUCCAGAGCUACGGGCGCUCGGAUGGGAGCCUCCCCCGGCACACCUACUCACCCCGGCCGCUGAGCAUCAGCGAAAACAUUGCCAUGGAAGCCAUGUCCGGGGAGGCGGAGGCACCCGUCGGAGACGACGAUAUUAUGCUGCCAGAUGACGUGGUGCAGUACAUCAAAUCCCAGAGCAACGGGACGGCGGCCGAGAGCACUUCCAUGGGGUACAGCAAUGAGAUGCAGGGCUUCCAGGGAAGCGGGAAGCUGCAGCCUCCAGCCUUGCCCGGCCAGCGCAGGAUGGCGGUGGCCGAGGCAAGCAUGAGCCACUUGGGGCCCAUGAUGCCAGAGUGUCCCAUGAGCUUCGAUGCCUCCUCAGACAUGAAUAAAAAUAACAUGCCCGUCCAGUGGAACGAGGUCAGCUCGGGGACGGUCGAUAUCAUGUCCAAUCAGUCGAAGCAGCAGUUUUCACAAGGGAACUUAGCGGUGGUCCAGCAGAAGCAGAACUUUGGUCAGUACCAGAACUACAACCAGCAGCAGAUGCAGCUGCCGGAGAACAGUAUGAACAUAACACAGCAGAGCUUUAUGCAAAGAAAUGUGAGCAUGGAUGGGCAGAGGCUAAACUGUAUGCAGCUGCGGCAGCAGCCGAUGAGCCUAGGCCCCGGUAUGAACCCCGAUCUGGGCUUGCACGCAGGGUAUAACCAGCCUCAUCAGAUGCUGAGCCCCAGUGCAAUCAGCGGCAACCCAAAUCAGAUCUCUCCUUCUUGUAGCAGCAUGGCAGCAAAGUCUGGACCCCACCUUCACCCUCAGCAAAUGGACAUGGCGACCGACCCUUCUUUAAUGGUCAGCAGCAACAGCGAGCGCACGAUGCUGGGCCAGGUGAUGCACGAACCGAGUCAGCAGAACUACUCAUCUCAGCCGACCCGCCUGAACUUCCCCAUGGCUCAGGAGGCCUUUCAUCAGCCCAUCAUGACCAGCUCCAACCAGCCCAGCUUUGAGCCUCAGCAGAGCAUGAUGGGUUCAGCCGCGCAGGCGUAUCCGCCCGCCAUGGUCCAGCCUCGUCCUCCGCCCGAGCCAAGCCCGGCCAGCCGACCCCGAGGCCUCCGCACCGUCCAGCAGCUGGGCUACAUGAGAACUCCCCACCCUACCAACACCAUCAGCCCAGGCCAGGAGGCGGCGGAGGCCAUGCAUAAAAGAACCAGUGACGUGUUGCCGGCACCGGCCCAGCAGUGCGUGGACGGCACGAGGGAAAACAAUUUGAUGUACUAUUACGGUCAAAUCCACAUGUACGAGCAGAACAGCAGCUUCGAUAAUCACGCGGACUGCCGGGUCAGACAACAACAGUGCGCGCUGAACAGCAAGCCGGCCGCUCUGCCUUCCCCGGGCGCGAACCAGGUGUCCAGCACGGUGGACUCGCAAGGCCUUGAGCCGCCCCAGAUAGAUUUUGAUGCCAUCAUGGACGAUGGGGACCAUUCGAGCCUGAUGUCGGGAACUCUGAGCCCCAGCAUCCUGCAGAACCUCUCCCAGAACUCCUCUCGCCUGACAACUCCACGAAACUCUCUGACACUGCCCACCAUACCCGCGGGAAUAAGCAAUAUGGCAAUAGGCGAUAUGAGCUCCAUGCUAACUACGCUGGCGGAAGAGAGUAAAUUUCUAAACAUGAUGUCAUAA